GUGAUGGUUUUGUCAGUUGUUGAGCUUUGCUGUAUUGGUGUCCGCCGUCCGGUACUUGGUAGGCAAUAGGCAUUAGCCAUUAAUUGUUAUUUUGUUGUUCCUCACGUUUCUGUAGGAACGUGUUUACUGCUAUAUAUAAUUGCUCACUAUUUUCGCCGAUCGUGUGCCCGUUGAAUGAUAAUAAUUAAUUAUAUUGCAUCGUUAUUGAUCUAGGAAUAAUUUUCACACGUUACGGUUAUUUUUUUAUUUUUCAUUAUUCGAUGGUUUCCCAUUGUGUGUGUACUGGGUGAACGCAGGUUAGGUACAUGCGUUGAAGAAGACUCGGUGCCAACAUUACUUGGCCAACGUUGACUCAGCAGGAGCAUAAUUUAAUUAAAACAUGUCGGUAACGUGAAACGAUGUGGUUUGUCGGCAGUGAUCACUGUUGGACAUUGGCAAUAUAAUUGUACUGUUGUUGUUGAUGUCGAAUGUAAAGAACAAUUGGAUUACACCAUGACCGGCUUCACCGAAGGAAGUCUGAACAGUCGACUGAAAGAUCUAAACUCUUCCCAGCAAAGCAUACAGACACUGUCCCUUUGGUUAAUUCACCAUAGGAAGUAUGCACACACUGUCGUCAAGAUUUGGUCUAGAGAAAUAUUAACAGGCUCAGAAUCCAAACAAUUGACUUUAAUGUACUUGGCUAAUGAUAUUAUACAAAAUGGCAAAAAGAAGGGUCCUGAAUAUGGGCAAGAGUUUGGCAAGGAACUGGCCAAAGCAUUUAAGCAAAUUUCUUUAAACAACUGUUCAUCAAAGACCAGACAGAGUUUGACGCGGUUGUUGAAUAUAUGGGAAGAAAGAGGUGUAUACAGUAAAAUACAAAUUGAUGAAUUCAAGGAUGCUUUUGGUAAAGAAUCAGCAAAGCAGCCUACAGGUGAACCACCAAGUAAAAAAGUGAAACAUUCACAUAAUCACAAAUCAAAGAAGACAAAAUCUCAAAACAAUGGCAUAAAAAAAGAUAAAGAAGUUAUUGUUGAAGUGGAUGGUACCAAAGAAUUACGUGUGACAUUAUCUCCUAAGACUCCUGUCAACGAUCCUCCUGAACCAGAAGAAUUAAUCAAAGCUCUAAAUGAUUUAGAAAAUGCACCUUCUUGUGAUGCCGUUGUUCGAGAACGUAUUUCUAAACUUCCUCCAGAAAUUGCUGAUGUCAGUUUACUUUCUCAGUUAAAAGGUAAAGACGAAGGUGAAGAACUUUUGCGUAAAGUAAAUGAUGCUGUUGCCUUGUUGACUGAUUACAACACUAGACUAGUGUGUGAAAUGGAAGACCGCAAGAAAGUCUUUUCUAUGUUGCACGAUUUCAUUCAAUCUCAGAGAGACCUCAUUGAUCAGGCUGAACAAAGAUUACAGGAAUAUCAAAGUAAACUUCAGAAAGUUUGUCAAGUGCGGCAAGAGGUCAACACGCACCUGCAAAACCUACCGGAUUUAGCACAGUUGCCCAGCGUUAAAGGCGGCCUUGCGCCUCUUCCGUCGGCUGGCGAUUUGUUCACAGUGGGCUGAUGACUUUAAUUGGCUCUAUAUAUUAUAUUAUAUAUAGUUAUAUACCGGCUGGUCGCUUUUGCUCCCGUUGAGAAUGCCGCCAAUAUAUAAUUUUUACGACGCACGCUCGUCCCAAGUGUACCGCCUAGCUAUUACAUCGAGUAAUAACGAUUAAAUGGUUUUUUUUUUUUUUUUUGGAAUUUUAAAACUUAAGGCCCUGGUUAUAAUGCGUAUAUUAGUUAAAUUGUAUUAUUACCCAUGUAUCAUGUAAAAUAAUAUUAUAAAAUGGCGUUUGAUAAUAAUUUUCUUAUU